AGUCGAUUUAUGUGGGACAGUAGUAAUUUGUCUGCUCGAUAACUAACAAUAGAUCUAAUCUUGUGGAAUGUGAAUAAAUUCUACAAAACCCAAUUCCCGAGUGCUGAAAUAAAACUUCCAGUUUCCAAUUAACACAAGAAACGUUAAGUUGAAAUCUGUUUUCCGAGUGUUUAUGGAAGAUUAUUUCAAGUGUGUGUGUAAAGCAAUUAACGUUUUUCUUAUCUGUUUAUCAUUGCACUUGCAACUAUCAAGGGAAAAAUACAUUGUUCUGGCACAACUGACUGUUUGCCAUGGACUGACGUAAAGAUUCUGCGCUUUUCAUUUCAUUUGAAUAACUUAUAAGAAGCUCAUUCACUUUAACAGCUGCAGUGAAAUUAAAACUCUAGUUUUUGAACUAGAGUGUUCCAUUAGAGUAAAACAGUGAGUCUGUCUGUGGAUACAAUUCGCAUCGAAAAUAAUUGGAAAGAAGGUAAAAUAGUAAAAUUUUAGUUAAAUAUAUGGGAAUGGGAUGGGAUGUAUAGAAAGAAGAGAGAGUCAGAAAUUGUUAUAUUCGACAUUCGUUUGUCUGGCUUUUUUUCCAACCGCAGCCUAAAAUUUUUGAAAACUCUAUGAGUGCUGCUAAUGGAACGCUCUAUUCCAAAAACCGUAAAUUUAUCGAGUUUUCUUGUGCUUUCUUACAAAUCUUAGACAAUUAGCAUUUCAAGGUUAGAAUUUUAAUUGUGAAAGUAUUGAAAUUCCUCUCAGAAUAUGGGACUGCAACAACUAUGCUCGUCUCGACGUGCCCGUGUAUUGGGUUUGAUAUGUGCGGCUAUUAUCGGUGUAGUUGUAAUUUACAUUGUCUUUACGCUAUUGACUGGCGGCGGAAUGCAAUUUGCAGUGGAAUUAAUACCUUCACCAAGAACCCGAGUUGGUACGCGGUGUCAUUGGGAUGUAGCUUCGCAAAGUUUGUACUACUGCGAUGUUAAUGGCAACGAUUCGGCCAUUCUACGUUAUGAUUACAAGGAAGACAAAGUUUAUGCGGCUGGAAUUGCUGGCGAAAAUGUGACUCCAUUUGUGAUUCCGAUCGCGGACGCUACCAAUGAAUUUGCAGUUGGGCUUGGUCGUCGGGUCGGUCGUGUUCAAUGGGAUGGCAAAUCACCGAAGGCUACUCUCAAGGGAAUUGUGUUCGAAGUGGACAGUGACAAACCGGGAAAUCGCUUCAAUGCAGCCAAAGCUGAUCCAGCCGGUCGAUUCUACGGAGGAACUAUGGACUCAGAUGACGGUUUUAACAAAGCUUCGGGGAAAGUUUUUAGAUAUGUUAAAGGCGAAGGUGUCACCAAGGUUUUGGAUAAUAUUUUCAUUUCGAAUGGCAUGGCGUGGGAUGAAAAGUUGAACCAAUUUUAUUAUAUCGAUACGGGCAGAUUUGACGUCAAAGGAUAUGACUAUAAUCCAAGCAAUGGAAAUAUUUCUAAUGAAAAAGUCAUCAUUGACUACAGCAAGAACGGUAAGCAUCCUGGGUUCGCUCCUGACGGCCUGACAAUCGAUACCGAUGGCAACUUGUACGUGACCUUUUUUGGCGGUUCUAGAGUGGAUAAAAUUGAUCCAAGGAAUGGCAAGAUUCUUCUAGAAAUUCCCAUUCCAGCUAAACAGGUUACUGCCGUAGCAUUUGGUGGACCAAAUUUGGAUAUUCUGUAUGUGGUAACAGCAUCGAUUGAGGACGAAAAAACGGAAUCGUCCGGUUGUUUGUACCGCAUUACUGGUUUGGGUACCAAGGGCUUUCCAGGCGUAAAAGUUAUUAUAUGAUUUAAUUUGAAGAUUUAAGCAAACCAGAAAAUUGGAAUGUAAAUGUCUGUACGAGAAAGGCAUUAAAUACAUGUUAGGUACGUCAAGAC